AUGGCGCAGGUAGUGGCACCACCGAACACAACAAACGACUCAUUAGUCUGCUAUGCACCAACCAUGAUAACAACAAAUGGUAUAUGGCAAGGAGAUAAUCCUCUAGAUUAUUCUCUCCCACUCUUCAUACUGCAAUUGACAUUGAUCGUCGUGACCACUCGGGCUCUGGUUUUCCUCCUCAAACCCUUUCGCCAACCUCGUGUUAUCGCAGAAAUUUUGGGUGGAGUGCUAUUGGGGCCAUCAGUGCUUGGAAACAGCGUAACCUUUGCCAACACAAUAUUUCCUCUAAGAAGUGUAAUGGUGAUUGAGACAAUGGCAAAUGUGGGUCUACUUUACUUCCUCUUCCUGGUUGGAGUGGAGAUGGACAUUACAGUAAUCCGGCGUACCGGAAAAAGGGCAUUGACUAUUGCACUUGCUGGUAUGGUUUUGCCAUUCACCAUAGCUGUCAUCUUCUCCUUCAUUCUGCACGGAAAAGAUACAGGCAUGUCACAAGGGACAUACAUCCUCUUCCUUGGUGUUUCCGUCUCUGUCACCUCAUUCCCAGUGCUUGCUCGAAUUCUUGCUGAGCUUAAACUCAUAAAUACAGAGCUUGGCAAGAUGGCCUUAUCAUCAGCUCUAGUUAGUGAUGUGUGUGCUUGGAUUCUAUUAGCUUUAGCCCUUGCCUUGUCUGAGAACCAAAAUGUAACUCCUUUAGCUUCCCUAUGGGUGAUACUGUCAUGCAUAUCAUUUGUUGCCUUCUUCAUUUUUGUUGUCCGUCCAGCGAUCAUAUGGAUGAUCAACAGAACCCCAGAAGGCGAAAGCUUCAGUGACUUCCAUAUAUGUCUCAUUAUUACUGGGGUUAUGAUCGCAGGCUUUAUUACAGACGCCAUUGGAACACAUUCUGUGUUUGGAGCUUUUGUGUUUGGCUUGAUAAUUCCAAAUGGACAACUUGGAGUUACUCUCAUAGAAAAGCUUGAGGACUUUGUUUCGGGCCUUCUGGUCCCUCUCUUCUUUGCCAUUAGCGGGCUGAAGACUAAUAUAGGAGCUAUAGGGGGACUCAGAUACUGGAUCUUUCUAAUGCUUAUCAUUUUUCUUUCCUGUGUCGGCAAAAUCGCAGGAACUCUACUCAUGUCAUUCUUUUACCAGAUGCCGGCACGUGAAGGCAUUACUCUUGGUUUGCUCAUGAACACAAAAGGCCUUAUUGAAAUGAUUGUGCUGAAUGUUGGGAGGGAACAGAAGGUGUUAGAUGACAGGUUAUUUGCACAACUGGUGAUAGCAACUGUAAUUAUGACUGGAGUCGUCAUGCCCUUUGUAACAUCAAUUUACAGGCCAGCAAGGAGUUUCACAUCAUACAAAAGGCGAACUAUCCAAAGUUCAAAAGAAGAUGCAGAAUUAAGGGUACUUACUUGCAUUCACACUCCUAGAAAUGUCCCAACAAUCAUCAACCUCCUUGAAGCCUCUCACCCCACCAAAAAAUCUCCAAUAUGCGUCUAUGUGCUCCACUUAGUGGAACUCACGGGGCGUGCAUCUGCUAUGCUUAUAGUCCACAACACCCGGACAUCAGGCAAACCAGCCCUCAACCGGACCCAAGCUCAGUCUGAUCACAUCAUCAAUGCAUUCGAGAACUAUGAGCAGCAUGCUUCUGGUUGUGUCUCUAUUCAGCCCCUCACUGCAAUUUCCCCUUACUCUACCAUGCACGAAGACAUCUGCAAUUUAGGAGAAGACAAACGAGUCGGCCUCAUAAUCAUUCCUUUCCACAAACAACAAACUGUUGAUGGUGGGAUGGAAGCUACAAACCCGGCCUUUCGAACUGUGAACCAGAAUGUACUAGCAAAUGCACCUUGCUCAGUUGGAAUUCUUGUUGACAGAGGCCUAAAUGGCUCGACUGUACGUUUGGCUGCAAACCAGGUAUCUCACCACAUAGCUGUGCUAUUCUUUGGCGGACCAGAUGAUAGAGAAGCACUAUGCUAUGCAUGGAGAAUGUCCCAACAUCCUGGAAUAAGCCUAACAGUACUGCGGUUCAUUCCUGGUGAGGAUGCAAAUGAGCCUGCAGUUCAGUCCAGAAGCAAUCAUAACGACCCAAGGACGUUAACAAUUGAAACAGACAAUGAAAGAGAAAAGAGACUUGAUGAAGAGCUUAUAAAUGAGUUUAGGAUGAACACCUCGAACAAUGAAUCAAUCGUGUAUACCAAGGAAGUCGUGAAUAAUGGGGAGGAGACCGUGGCGGUGAUAAGGUCGAUGGAAAGCAUUCAUGACCUGUUCAUUGUUGGGCGAGGUCAAGGAACGAUAUCACCACUUACAGCAGGACUAACUGACUGGAGUGAGUGCCCGGAGCUGGGUGCAAUAGGGGAUAUGCUAGCUUCAUCUGAUUUUGCAGCCACUGUUUCUGUUUUGGUGCUGCAACAGUAUGUUGGGAUGGGGCUGCAAGGGGAUGAGCUGCCUGGCUCCAUCACACCUGAAAGCAUGGGACAUGUGAAUGAGCAGCGCGACCGCCGCUCAAUGGGGCAAAAUGCAUUUAGCCCAUGA